AUGACGACGCCUGCGAUCCGGAUCCCCUUUACGGGCCCGCUACCGCCAGCCAUUAUAGUCCCAGCGUCUGCCAGUGCUCUUGCUGGCGCCAUUGAUGCCGUCAGCACUUUUUUGACAGCGCCACCCUCGCCCAGCCUUCGGGGCGUUGACGUGGGGAGACACUCCCAGACCGUGCUCCUCACAGGUGCAGGGAUCUCGGUCGCGUCUGGCUUGUCAGAUUAUCGCGGCGAGCAAGGUACCUACCGACGAAACGCAUCCUACCGUCCGAUCUACUUUCAUGAGUUUGUCUCGCACCAUGAGUCUCGCAAGCGGUACUGGGCGCGCAGCUUUGUCGGCUGGCCCGGUCUCGUGAAAGCACAUCCCAACUCCACGCACUGGGCAAUCCGAGACCUCGGCGCCAAAGGAUAUAUUAGUUCUGUGGUGACGCAGAAUGUCGAUUCGUUCCACUCGCUCGCUCACCCGGAGCUGUCCACCCUUGAACUGCAUGGUUACCUUCGAUCCGUCGUCUGUACUAGCUGUCGGCACGAACUCCCGCGAGUGGACUUUCAGGCAUCUUUGGAGAAGCUCAAUCCGGCGUGGGCAGAGUUUCUGGCCCGAAUGGUGGAAAUGGGUGCGCUCGACACUGAUAACCCGGACGAGCAGCGGCGGAAAGGCCUCAAGCUCAACCCGGACGGCGAUGUCGAUCUCGCGGAAGCGCCGUAUUCCACGUUCCGAUACCCGGCCUGUCCGGCGUGUUUGGAGCACCCUCCCCUUCUCCAGGAUGGGGCCAGAGCCCGAGUAGAGGUAGAGGGCGACGGCGCAUGGAUCCCGACCUCCAAUGCCGGCAUUCUGAAACCUGCGGUGAUCAUGUUUGGAGAAAACAUCAACCCAGGCGUCAAAACAGCGGCUGAAGAGGCGAUUGACGAUGCCGGGCGGCUAAUGGUUCUGGGCAGCAGCCUUGCUACCUACUCAGCGUGGCGCCUGGUGGAACGAGCUUACAAACGCGGUAUGCCCAUUGGCAUUGUCAAUGUCGGCGGGGUCAGGAACGAAGCCAUUCUUUUUGGGAAUCUUGAACAGGACUCUGCGCAUGUCCGGUGUAGCCAUCCCGCGCAAUCGGUUCUGCCGGGUGUUGUAUCGCGACUGUCGGUCAAUACCAUCUAG